ACAUGGCCGGUAGUGUCACCUGUACACAUUUUCAGACAGACCAUAUGAAUUACUGACUUAGCGAACUCAGAGCUAUAUAUGGCUUCUCUCCGACGUUUAUGGCUCCUCACCCUCGUCCUUAUAGUGGCAGCAGCGCUGGCCGCCGGGAAUGCAUCCGCCGCCGGAUAUUCCAUGCCGCCGGCGUUUCACGCCACCGCUUGGAAGCUCGCCUACGCUACGUUUUACGGCGACGAAACAGCUUCUGAGACCAUGGGCGGCGCGUGCGGUUACGGGAACCUGUUCAGCAACGGGUACGGGACGGCGACGGCGGCGCUGAGCUCGGUACUGUUCAACAACGGCUACGGUUGCGGGCAGUGCUUCCAGCUGCGGUGCGUCAACUCCAAGUGGUGCUACAAAGGGUCGCCGAUCACCGCCGUGACGGCGACCAACCUCUGCCCGCCCAACUGGGCGCAGGACUCCAACAACGGGGGGUGGUGCAACCCGCCACGUGUCCACUUCGACAUGGCCAAGCCCGCCUUCAUGAAGAUCGCCCAGUGGAAGGCCGGCAUCGUCCCCGUCAACUAUCGCAGGGUUCCCUGUGUCCGAAAAGGAGGGCUGAGGUUCGCCUUCCAAGGAAACGGGUACUGGCUGCUGGUGUAUGUAAUGAACGUCGGCGGAGGGGGCGACAUAGCGAGCAUGUGGGUGAAGGGGAGCAAGAUGAAUGGAUGGGUUAGCAUGAGCCACAACUGGGGUGCUUCUUACCAGGCCUUCGCCACCCUCGCCGGACAAGCCCUUUCCUUUAAGCUCACUUCUUACACCUCUCAUGAAACUGUCGUCGCCUACAAUGUCGCCCCCGCUAAUUGGCGUGUCGGCCUCACUUACUCUUCCUCCGUCAACUUCCAUUGAUGCAUAUAUAUACUCAUCUUCUUCAAGCUCAUGUGUUUGUCCUAAAAUUAUUAUGCUUGUUCGUGAAAUAUCAUUUUUCUUCCUAUAGUGUGUGAUCCUCGUAAUGUAUUCUGGAUUGCUCAUCUAUCUGGUAAAAUAAAUAAAAUUUUUAGAC